CCGCAGCCGCGGAGGGGCGUAGGCAGGCGACGCGGGGGGAGGCGGGAUAGGCUGGGCGCGGCCGGUGCUGCGGACCCUCCACAGCCCUCCGGGUCACUGCAGACCAAGGGCCUGCUUGCCUACCUGCGGCGCCAUGGGCAAUUGCCACACGGUAGGGCCCAACGAGGCACUGGUGGUCUCAGGGGGCUGCUGUGGCUCCGACUACAAACAGUAUGUGUUUGGCGGCUGGGCCUGGGCCUGGUGGUGUAUCUCGGACACUCAAAGACUGUCUCUGGAGGUUAUGACCAUCCUGUGUCGCUGUGAGAAUAUUGAGACGUCGGAGGGGGUCCCGCUAUUCGUAACAGGGGUUGCACAGGAUUUCCCUAGAGAUUAUGACGUUGCAGCCCCGCUGUGAGGACGUAGAGACGGCCGAGGGGGUAGCUUUAACUGUGACUGGUGUCGCCCAGGUGAAGAUCAUGACCGAGAAGGAACUCCUGGCCGUGGCCUGUGAACAGUUCCUGGGCAAGCAUGUGCAGGACAUUAAGAACGUCGUCCUACAGACCCUGGAAGGGCAUCUACGCUCCAUCCUUGGGACUCUGACUGUGGAACAGAUUUAUCAGGACCGAGACCAGUUUGCCAAGCUGGUCCGGGAAGUGGCAGCCCCCGAUGUUGGCCGUAUGGGCAUCGAAAUCCUCAGCUUCACCAUCAAGGACGUUUAUGACAAAGUAGACUAUCUGAGCUCCCUGGGCAAGACACAGACUGCAGUGGUGCAGAGAGACGCAGACAUUGGUGUGGCAGAGGCAGAACGGGACGCGGGCAUCCGGGAAGCUGAGUGCAAGAAGGAGAUGCUAGAUGUGAAGUUCAUGGCAGACACCAAGAUUGCCGACUCCAAGAGAGCCUUUGAGUUGCAAAAGUCAGCCUUCAGCGAAGAGGUCAACAUGAAGACGGCUGAGGCCCAGCUGGCCUACGAGCUGCAGGGGGCCCGAGAGCAGCAGAAGAUCCGGCAGGAAGAGAUUGAGAUUGAGGUAGUGCAGCGCAAGAAGCAGAUCGCUGUGGAGACCCAGGAGAUCCUCCGCACGGACAAGGAGCUCAUCGCCACCGUGCGCCGCCCUGCAGAGGCAGAGGCCCACCGCAUCCAGCAGAUUGCUGAGGGCGAGAAGGUGAAGCAAGUCCUGUUGGCACAAGCAGAAGCUGAGAAGAUUCGCAAAAUCGGAGAGGCAGAGGCAGCAGUCAUUGAGGCAAUGGGCAAGGCCGAGGCUGAGAGGAUGAAGCUCAAGGCUGAGGCCUACCAGAAGUACGGGGACGCGGCCAAGAUGGCCUUGGUGCUGGAGGCCCUUCCCCAGAUUGCUGCCAAAAUCUCCGCCCCGCUGACCAAAGUCGAUGAGAUUGUCGUUCUCAGUGGGGACAACAGCAAGGUGACGUCAGAAGUGAACCGGCUGCUGGCAGAGCUGCCUGCCUCUGUGCAUGCCCUCACCGGUGUGGACCUCUCCAAGAUACCCCUGAUCAAGAACGCCACUGGUGCACAGGUGUGAGGCUCCUGCAGACGCACGGCCUUCAGCAGCUGCCUACCUUCCCAGCACCUCCUAACAUCACAGGGACAACGAGGACGUUACUACUCUGGUGCCUUAUUUUGCAGGGACCAGAACUGCUGCGUGUUCAGGCCAUCUCUGGCUAGCCUCCCUCCUCUCCCGUUAGCCCUUUCUUCCUCUCUCUCCCCCACACCCUCCCAUCAACUGCCACAUUCAUCUAGUGUGUUUUCUCUUCUGCCAUAUGUGCCUCUUCCUCUGUCUAUCUGUUUCUCUCCCCCCUUUCUUCUCACCUCCACACACAUCAGAUAGUUGAAGCUGAAAUUGAAGUUGUUUAUGAUAAUCACUGUCUGUCUGUAAGGAGUGGCCCCACUGCUCCUCAGAAUCCUGGUGCCUUCAAUUCUACAUGUCUCUGUCUGUCUUCCCUAGCCCUGGCAGAACCCAGCAUGGGUACAAGGGUUCUGGGUGGGACACUCACUCUCCUUUCUCCUGGUCUGAGCUUCCUAAACUCUGUUACAGGAAGCCCACAACCCACACACUCCUGCCCUUUGAGGCUUGAGUGGCCAUGGCCUAUUGGGCCCAGAGUAAUGCCCUGCACACACCCCAGGCCCGGGCCCGCUGUUUCCCUGCCCCUCUCCCCUGCAUCCCAGAGGCACAGAGGCAAGGCCUCCUGUCUCAGCGGCUUCCUCAGUUUACUACUGCCUUAGGAGGCCCUGCUCGUGUGCUCAGGGACAUCCCCUUCACUGGCUUGUCCUUGACUGGUGGGGUGGGUCUCUGUCCAGUUCCGCUAAGUCUUUCCCAGGUCAGUGUCUAGCUCCGUUGGGGACAGGAAAGUCUAUGGCUCUUCCUGCCAGUGCUACGCUGUCCUGGGCAUGGGGCUCUCCCAGGAGGCAAGGCUGUGCCAACCCUAAGAGAACCAAGUGCUAUAGACUGGCCAAACCUCACUCUAUGCCAUGUUCUUCUGGGCCAGCACGAUGGGGUUCUAGCCAUGGGAAGCAGCUAAAUCUUCUGUGUCUUUGCACCAUUGGUGGCAGAAGAGCCCAAUGCCCAAGUAUCCUAGUAGGGGUGCAAGGGUGUCCCAUGGUCCCAGUCCCCACUCCUGGCCCCGCCCCAGCCUGUGUAGCUGUUCUGCAUGUGAAUGCUGCAUGUCUGGUCUGGGGUUUGGAUGUUGCACUGCCCCACUACCUGGCCCCUCUGGUGAAAAUAAAGAUCUCUUAUGCCCACA